ACAACCUUGAUGUCCAUUUCCGCUUUACUCGUUUUACAAUACCUACUAGAUCUACUUCAUAUAAAUAUCUCUUUCCUGCAGCCAAGAAACGAUGGGUUCUCUAGAAGCCGCAGUCAAUCGAGCAAUCAUCUAUUCCGAUCCUCCCACCUCCGCAACACAAAUUGUCGAGCUCCCAAUUGAGAAGCCAGGUCCAGGACAAGUUCUUGUCAGAUUAUUUUAUUCUGGCGUUUGCCAUACCGAUCUUGGGUUUUGUUCCAAUUCCUUCGGACUUCCCAAUCCGGCUCCAAAAGGUCAAGUUGGAGGUCAUGAGGGAGUAGGAGAAGUCGUUGAGCAAGGCCCAGGCGUCACUACUCCAGCUAUCGGUGCGAAAGUAGGCGUUAAAUAUGCAGCUGAUGCUUGUUUGAACUGCGACAACUGCCUUGUCGGCGGUGAGACCAGUUGUCCUUCCGUGAAAGUCAGCGGUUACUACACACCAGGAACCUUUCAACAAUAUGUUGUCAGCUCAGCGACAUAUCUAACUCCCAUUCCAGACGGAAUUGAUCUAGCUGGAGCUGGUCCUCUAAUGUGUGGCGGAAUCACUGUUUACACAGCACUAAAACGCGCAGGAACCCGAUUCGGGGAUUGGGUUCUCGUCUCUGGAGCUGGAGGCGGACUGGGACAUUUGGCGAUACAAUAUGCCAAAGCCAUUGGAGCACAAGUCAUUGCUCUAGAUCAUGGAUCCAAGAAGUCUUUCUGUGAGGAGUUGGGAGCUGACGCGUUCGUUGACUUUACGAAGUUUGAAACAGAUGAAGAGUUGAAGGAGGAAGUUUGGAAGAUUUCGAAGAGUGGUGUGAAGACAGUGCUAUGUUGCGUGUCUGGCAAUAGGGCAUAUGAGCAGAGCAUGGACUUCUUGGGGUUUAGAGGGACGCUAGUCUGUCUUGGGGUGCCUCCAGCAGGAGGAUUAGGAGCGUCGCUUGCAUCAAGAGUGAAUGCCAUGAUUAUGUCGGAGUUGACAAUAUUUGCAAUCAAAUCAGGAAACAGGCAGGAUGCGAAGGAGUGUUUGGACAUUGCAGCAAGAGGCUUAGUGAAGACGCAUUAUAAGCUCAGAGGAAUGGACGAGUUGACAGCGAUUUUCCACGAGAUGGAGGAAGGAACGAUCAGUGGUAGAGUUGUCAUUGACUUGAGGUAGCUGGAAGUGUGAAGGUUCUGAAAAGAAGUAUCAUCUUCAAAUUAUGAAUAUAGCCUCCAAAGCCAUCAUCACGCAUC